AUGAUCGAGACUCUCCUGCAGGGUAUGACGCCCAGCAGGGCGGCUUUAUGGCUCCUUGGGCUAUUCACAUUCGCGUGCAUUUUUCGCAUGAUUCAGGUUUCGGCACGGGUCGCACGUCUUGGCUCUAGAGCCCCCAAGAUCAGAUUCCGUCUGCCAUAUGCUGUGGAUUUCAUAUACAAGAGUCAAAAAGCCAACUUGGCAAACAACGACCUCGAAUUCUGGAAGGAAAACAUCCAGAACGCCGGUGGCCUGUCAAAUGUGAAGACUGCCGAACUUGAUGCUGGAGUUUCCAGUCGUAUUGUCAUGACCGUGGACCCUGAGAAUAUCAAAGCUCUCCUGACUGGACAGUUCGCCGACUACGGCAAAGGAGAAGCAUUCCAUCGAGAAUGGAAGGAGUUCCUAGGCGACAGUAUCUUCGCUACUGAUGGUGAGCUGUGGUCUCGCUCUCGUCAGCUUAUCCGACCCAUGUUUGCUCGCGAUCGAAUUGUCGACACCGAAAUCUUUGAAAAGCAUGUCCAGAAGCUCAUUCCACUCCUUGGCGGAAGUACAUCACCCCAUGCGAGCAGAGUUGUUGAUGUUGGCUCCUUGUUCUUCCGCUAUACCCUCGACGCAGCCACAGAUUAUCUGCUGGGUCAGGGUACAGACAGUCUAGAAAACCCUGCGACUCGUUUUGCGGAGGCCUUCAGAUUUGUACAACAGCGACAAGCCGAGAUGUUCCGUGCCGGGGUCUUUUCCAAUUUCAUGUCACGCAAGGAGUUCCGUCGAAACCUCAAGAUCAUGGACCAGUUCAUUCAACCUUACAUCGAGACUGUACUCUCUCUGUCCACUGACGAAUUAGAUAAGAAGCUAUCGAAGCGCGAAACGUUUCUAGAUGCCCUCGCCCGCUUCACGCGGGAUCCUCGAGUUCUGCGAGAUCAGCUUGUCGCCGUCCUUCUCGCAGGCCGAGAUACUACCGCUGGAACCCUUUCAUUCUGUCUCUUUGAGCUCGCCCGACACCCUGAAGUUGUCGCCAAGCUACGCGAGGAAAUCCGUGAUCGUCUCGGUGUCGGUGCUGAUGCCCAAAAGCCCAGCUACAAUGAUCUGAAAGAAAUGAAAUAUCUCAAUGGUGUCAUAAACGAGACAAUGCGUUUGUACCCAGUGGUUCCAUUCAACGUUCGCUUCUCGCUACAUGAUACCACCCUUCCUCGUGGGGGUGGCUCCGAUGGACGUUCACCAGUCGGUGUUCCUGCUGGCACCCGUUUAGUCUACUCGACCAUUUUAAUGCAACGAGAUCCGGAUCUGUAUGAUGGAGUUGACUCGAAGAACUACUUUGAUCCCCGUCAGUGGAUUCCAGACCGUUGGGUGGCGGGAUGGCAACCACGUCCUUGGCAAUUUAUUCCGUUCAAUGGAGGUCCUCGUAUUUGCAUUGGUCAACAGUUUGCAACCAUUGAGAUGGGAUAUACUAUCAUUCGCAUCUUGCAAGCCUACGAGCGAGUCAUCGCACUUCCGGUCAGUGGCAAAGAUCACGUUGAGGACCCGAUACUGAGGUUCGAGGUUACCCUCAGCCCUGGUGCAGAAUUUAAUUGUGUGUUUGCUAAAGAAGGGGAAGAUUUCGCGCGCUCUCAGACGGGUGUUUCUUCAUAG